AUGGCCGAGCUCCCGUUGAAGGUGCACCUCAACUCGCAUCCCUUUAGCCUGAGGAUCCAUGGGCACUCGGUGUAUGUGGACGAGGACCAGCGUACGUGGCUACAUCUCGUCAUAAACAGAAGAGGUAUCCUGCAAGUACGGUUGCGCCAGGAAAACAUCCCCAGUGAGGAUAUCGGACUAAUCACCAUCCCGCUGACCUCGAGCAGCAUGCCUUGCAUGUGGAGGCUCCACCCUGUAGGCCACUACAUGGACCACAAGAGCAGGUUCUGGCGCAUCGUGCACCACGUCAAGCAGAAUGGCGUGGAGGAAAUGAUCCUUGAGCUGAUGGCAGAUGCAUAG